AAUAGGGGCAGUUAUUAUAACACUGACUAACAGAGAGUUCAAUACAAGGUGAUUUCAUGUUGUAAGAGUUACGGUAAUAGCUCCCAAAACAAACUAUUGCCGUAACUCUUACAGUAAACGUUUCAUCAGCGAAUAAGAAGGCGGAUUUAAAGCUUUUAUUCCACUAGAACGCACAUUUCGAGUCUUUUAACGCAAUUUUUUAAUCUUUUUAAAUUUACCAUACUCGUUGAUGGUUUUGACAUUGCCUAACCGAGAGUGAAUGUAAGAAGCUUUGACUCCGUGUUAUGAUAGUUACGGUAAUAACUGUAGCGACGAUACACAGCGCUACCAAGCGACCCCUCGCGGUAUAGCAAGUUCCCCCUCGUUCCUAAACUUUCCUACCGACGUGGUCUCUCCUCUUCUGCGGGACCAUGGCGCUCUCCCCCAACCUCUUCGCAGUAUACGUGGCGUCGCAAGUGCUUUUUCUAUGCGGAGGAUCGGUCAGUUCGGACGGCGUUUCGUCGCUGCUGCAACCCUAUGACUUUUUGUACUACACCGGGGUGCGUUCGUACUUCAACGCGCAGUGGGCGAAGGCUGCGGAGCAGAUCGAGAGGUCCCUUGUGACUAAGGAGGCUCUGUUUAAGGUCCGAAGGCAGUGUUAUGAGGAAUGUGGAUCUACGGGAGGAGAUGCACUUCAAAAACUAGACACCGAGGAAGGGAGCCUGUGGGACCUCUGGGCCCUGGACUGGGUGCAGAAGAAGGCAGAGUGCUUGAGGUUCUGUGUGGGACGUUCGGUUAGCCAUGUGGGACAGCUUCCCGUUUCCACGGACAUCGAGUACGAGUUUGGCUCACGUAACGUGUACAACUUCCUGCAGGUUACAUAUUAUAAGAUGGAAAAACUGAAGAAGGCAGCGGCGGCAGCCCAGACCUACUUUGUGGCUAACCCAACUCACCUGGAGAUGAGGAACAACAUUGAGAAGUACCGAAGGAUGGACGGAGUGAGCGACGAAGCCUUUUACGACCGAGAGGCCGACAGCGAGAAGCACUGGUUUCUGUACGACUCGGCACUCCAACUGGAGGAGACGUCCAAGUGGGCACAGGCGGCGGAUGAAUGGCGAGCAUGUGUCAACGAAACACUGCGUAAGAUCGAGGAGUGCAGGGUGCAGUGCGUGGUGGCUGCGCAGCGUCUGCCUGAGGACCGGGGAGUUGACAGCGCCGAUGGUGUCUUUGAGAAAGCCGCGGCUCUUUCCCUCUCGCUGUUGUCGUGCCAGCAGUCGUGCGUGACACAAGUGGCCACCCGUCCCGGCAGGGUCUCCUCUCAGGACGACUUCCUGCCCACUCAGCUGGAACACCUGCACCUCGCGCAGUUUAAAGCUGGAGAUGUGAGAAGCGCGGUGCAGACGCUUCGCUCCCUGCUCCUCUUUUACCCCUCGGACAAGGACUCCAUUGACAACCUGCAGCUCUACCAAGAGACACUAGGGGGAGACAAAACGUCACAAGACUCACCGCCUGCACAGGAGAUCGUCCGCUAUGUCAAACGCUCACUAGAGGAGAAGGAGCUUCUCUAUUUUGGCAUGGACAACCUAAACUACACUUUCACUGACCCAGAUCUUUGGACACCAGAGGAUGUUGUCCCAGAAUCCCUAAGGGAAUCAUGGAAAGCUGAGAAGGAGAAGCUGACUGAGAAGACGAAAGAGGAGGAGCCGCAAGAGGAGGUGGACGACAGUGGCUUCUUUGCAGGUGGUCCAGUCCGGCAGGUGGGUGUGACCAUCACCAUGGACGAGCUGCUCCUAAACGGGACCAACCGGGUGGUGCUGGACGGAGUCACCACUGAGAAGGAGUGUGACAGGAUGUUGCAGCUGGCCGCAUCGGUUGCAUCAGCAGGUGACGGUUACCGGGGGCGACGGUCACCGCACACUCCUCAUGAGACGUUGGACGGCCUCACCUUGCUCAGAGCUGUGAAGCUGGCUCAGGACGGCCUGGUCAACCAAACGGACGCCAAGCUGCUGCACGAGCUCGGGGAGAGGGCGCGUGUCCUGCUGCAUUCCUACUUCAGGAGUCCCUCGGGACUCUUUGUCGCCUUCACACACCUCGUCUGUCGGAGUGCCAUUGCAGGGGACCAAGAGGGCCGAAUGGAUUUGUCUCACCCGGUCCAUGUGGACAACUGUCUCCUUGAACCGGACACCAAGCAGUGUUGGAAAGAACCGCCUGCCUUCAUUCAUAGAGACCUCAGCGCCAUCCUCUACCUGAAUGACAACUUUGAUGGUGGCGAGUUCUUCUUCACCAACAGGGAUGCCAAAACGGUCACGGCCCGAGUCAAACCGACGUGCGGCCGUCUGGUGGGCUUCUCGUCGGGACCCAUCAAUCCGCACGGCGUUACGGCGUUGACAAAAGGUCGCCGCUGCGCGCUGGCCCUUUGGUUCACCAAAGAGAAGCUCUACAGGGACAUGGAGCGAGAGGAGGUGGAAAACGGGUGGGCCCCCGGCGGGCAGCGCGUGGGGCAGACAGAUGACAUGGCGGACGGCGGUGGCGGUGGCGGCGGCGCAGCCCCCGCCCCUCGGAACGUUCGCAACCAAGCGCCAGCCAAGGGCAGAGCGAGAGGACGGGUGACGGCGGGCAAAGAUGAACUGUGAACGUGAGACUCUCGGAUCACCCUUUCGCACUGCGCUGGUUGGAAAAUGAUGCUAGUCUGGUUAAGUUUGCUGCCUUCGUAUGGAUCUUAUUCCGUGUCAUCUGAGUUUGAACUUCUGUUUUUAUAUAUCAUUUAUUGAAGGUUAUUUUGAGCCAUAUGAUUUUAUUUUCAAAUUGAAGACUUGAGUUUUUGGCUGAAUUGUUCAAACAGAUUUAUUUGGACGGUCAGCAAAGAUUGUGUUUGGAAUGUGAUGACAAAUUUCAUGGUCAAAAUUUUGAUUCACUCUGUUUAUUGAACAUAUAAGCAAGUUCCAUAAAUAUCAUAAAAGAAAGCAAAAAAAAAGGAUUUCAGAGAGAUGGCUUGGUGCUCGCCUUGCACGCGUUUUCGUGUUUUUUUUUAAUUAAAAAAAAAAAACAACAGCAACAUUCGUGAUGUUGGCUCAGUCACCAAAUUUGGCACCGGCUCAGCGUGAAAGGGGUAAAUAAACACGGCGCCGUUCUGUUCUUAGACAUUAGUUCCACGAGAAAAAAAAAAACUCCUUUCUGCUAAAGAAUUCUGAGGUGUUUCAAAUAAUACGGUCACUCCAAUAUCUCCAUGCUGUUUUUAAGAAAGAAUGUUAUUCAUUUUCCGUGACAUUUGACACACUUUGUGAGUAUUUAUUCGGGACAGCGUUCAGUAUGACCUUGACUGAAAAGUGUGCGGGUGUAUAUACUGUAUUUAUACUUAAUAAAAGGAGUAGUAAGAAAAA